GACCACAACGACAAACAACAACAACAUCCAGGCGUCAUCUCAACUAUUCCAUUGAUCCUUGUGAAUCAUCGGCGAGCUAGGAAGCUAUAAUAGUUAGGUUUUAUAAACACGACACGUUGGGCCAACGCCAUUCAAUUGUAUACCGUCGCACGAGACGCGCGCGCGGCUGUAUUUCGAAUUAACCUUCAAAAAAAAACUCAACAUGACGUCAAUUAACGUGUCUAGAACAGUGCUGUAUAUAUUGAACUCAAUAUUCACUAUAUUCGGGCUCGCGAUCGCCGCUGCUUCGAUAUGGUUCUUUUGCCAAGUUCACGAGUUCACGAGAUUGAGGAAUAGCAACCACUAUUUGUUGGACUACACCGUGUAUUGGCCGCAAGCGAUACCGUGGAUCUUCUUCAUAGUGGCUGUGCUGAUCAUCGGUGUGUCGGUGUGCGGUUUUACCAGCGCAAAGAAGAAGAGCAAAGGUCUGUUGACAAUGUAUGUAACGGCCAUGACUAUUGUGAUCGUCCUACUUGUUGCCGCUUCAGUGAUCGCGCUAGUGUUCGCUGACAACAAAUCUACCGACGAUUUCGUGAAAGACACGGUAUGGGAUGUGUAUUUCCAAUCGAAAAACGAUAAUGAAGUGGCUGAUGCUUUUGGUGUUAUUGAAAGGAAGCUGCAUUGCUGUGGGGCAGACAGUCCGAGGGACUACAAAAACUGGAAGGCUGAUUUUCCCAUGUCGUGCUGCGAUGUGUAUUACCAUGGGUGGUUGGAGCCUUAUGCCAUCGACUGCGCGUUUACCAACAAGUUGGCGAAUGAGAGACACGGCUGUUCUACGGUUGCCGCGCAGUAUGCCAGAAUUGCUAUCAAGGUUCUCUCCGCUGCUGCAAUCUUCACAGCACUCAUUGGUAUCAUAGCCGUUGUCUUCGCCGUAGUCUUGUACAAACAGCUAAAGGAGCUCAGAAAUAGGCCGCCGCCCACGCACGAGUCGGAGAGCAAAAAGGUUCUAUUGUAAUUUUGAGGACACUUUUUCUUUGAGUAAGUGUUUUUUUUUUGUGUGUGUUCAUGAAGCAAGGUUGAUGUAAGGUGAGGUUGCAUUUUUUUUAAUUUGCAUUGUAUUUCGAAAUACAAUUUCACGUUUGAAUUAACUUAAUUUUAAUGCCAUUAAUUUUGUUGAAAUAAAUAAAUUAAAAUUAAGUUAUGAAGAACUAAAUGUAAAUUAUAUUUUUCAAUUUCAAUUCGAAAAUCAAAUUAUAGACCAAAUGAAAAUUUAAUAUUUUUGUGUUUCGAAGUAAAACUUAAAUUUCAUGUGAAAAUGCACUCACUUGUGAAAUCUUUUGUCAGCUGCCCAAGGGGGAAGCAAGUAAUUUAUGCAGAGGGAAAGAGAGCGAUGAUGUCGAUAGCUCUAUCCUUCUCUAACGACUGAGACGUAUAGUUAAUUCGCCUCGUGAUUCGUCACGUAGGUGUAUACCUAUUACGUAGUAGUUUUCUUUCAAUUAAUGUUACAUCCGUUUACAUCUUAGCAUCAAAGUCCACGGUUUCCUUUUCAUUAUAGUACUUUAAAUAUAUCAUUCAUAUUUAGGUGUUUUGGGGUAAUAAAUCUACAAUAGCUCUACGGCUAUAAACCGGACAAUAUCAAGAGGUUUCGGGUUCGAAUCCCGCCUUUUAGACUAUUGCCCACCCUAUAGAUUUUAAGAACGGGUACCCUAUUUAUAUUUGUGUUUGGAAUUGGAAUAUAUAUUAUAUAUUCUGAAAAUUUGAAAUCUUAUUAUGUAUAUAAAAGCCAAUCAACAUUUUUUACCGUUGUAAAAUUAAUUAAAAUGAUUUUAUUGAUUUUGUAACUUAGGGCGUGUUUAGAAAAUGUAUUGGCUGGUUUAGUAGAUAUUUGCAAAUUUUUCCAUUUUCUAAUGACCCUUAAGUACCUUAUUAUUGAAUCAGCAAUGCUAAGAGUUGAUCGAAUUAAUUAGAUUAAUGUGAAAACCGUAUGGGAAACUACUUAUAACUAUUAACUCGCUUAACUUAAGUAUUUCUUUGUGCUACUUAUUUAUUAAUAACUUUAGCUUGAGUGACGCAUGUGAUGAAACUUUUGUUAUUAUAUAAGUACGCUGUGCUGCCGUGGCAUACUUAGAAAAGGUUAACAACUACUUUUAUAAGUAACCGAAAAGUUUGACUACAAAGGUUUGAGGUAACAAAGGAGUUAACUUUGUUUUUAGACAUUUUAGUAUUAUUUUAUAAAAUUAAUGACGUCAUCAAUAGAAUUAGAUACUAGACUAGUAAGAACAAAGAUCUUAUCCUAAGGUUAAAAUACUAUAUUCUAAAAGUAGAUUUGUAGUCCCAUUUGUAGUGGAACUGAAUUUGAAGUUUAAUUUACAUUUCUUAAUUUAAUUUUCGUAAAAAUAGAGGUUUGGUGAAUAUAAAACAAAAGCUAAUUUACUUUUAAAGUUCAAACUUCAAAUAAAAUAGCUUAAUUUCAAAGACUAUUAUAAUGACAAAAAAUCAAAAAAUUAUAAGGUGGUGAGUUAAAAAUAAUUUGCUCUUCAAAAGAUUUUUUGGAUAUCCUUUGUGUAAUUCGAAACUAACGACUUUGUGAAAGUUUUUGAAGGUAGUUUAAUCUAAUCUAAAUAUUGAGACAACAGAAACGCGAAGUUCUAUUUUUCUUUUACGAAGAAAACUUGUAACUGCGUAAUGUCUCAAAGUAAACACGUCGCGAAAAUGUUUCGAACAAACUAUGUAAGCUUGCUUGAAACAUUUUACGAAGUCGCUAACACUGCAAAUAAGCGAGUUGCAAAUGUGUACAGAUUACAUAUCAGUCUCGAGUUAUAUAAAUUCUUUAGAAGAUUUUUAACCAUCACACUACAAGACACUGGGUGACUUUUCAUCCAUAUCUCAUUGAUUUUUCUAGAACGUUUGCUUUAAAACUAGGGAAUAUCUCUCAAAAUCUGUGUUUCCUGAUUCUUACAACCUAGACUUAAAGCAAACUUAGAUACUUAGGUGGUGUAUGACAUCUAGGCAAGUGCCUAGAUAAAGCGCUUAAAUGUGGCCUAAUAAGGCUUACGUCACAUUUAGGUCUUAGGUCACAUCUACACUUUAUUUAGAUAAGGUCGCGGUCGUGGGUCAAAUUCAGAUUUACCAUUAUGUAAAUGCAACCAAACUAGCUCAAAAGGGUGAAAUAAUUAAUUUUCAUAUUUGUUUUGAUUUUUUUUUAAUAAUUUUAAGAACAAAGACUUAAAAGUCAAUGGCAUUAUAAAUAAUACGCCAAUUUAACUUAACUGUGUUACAAAAUAUAAUGCUUUCUGAGUCAGAAAGCGUUUUUUUGUUCACAAGCGAUACAAUGGAACACGUUGGAGCAAUUAAUGCAAUUUUCAUGUCUUGAGUCGUUUCGAGUAGCAGUAUUGAAUGCUUUUCCGAGUAAGACAAUAUAAAACACAAUGCAAAGAAUAUAAUAUCUUCUAUAUAACGACGAUAUAUCAAAAAUACAGUGCAACCUCGAUAUAACAAAUCGGAGGGGAACAAGAAAAUAUUCGUAAUAUCAAGUAAUUCGUUGAACUGAGGUUUGUUAUGUUGAGGUUAGAUUGGUCUAAAAUUCGUUAUAAAGAGGUAAAAGAAUAGUUUUAUUCACCUCAAUAUUACGUACUUAUCUUGUUAUAGCGAACAACUUCUACUAAUAAAUGAUAACACAUUUUUAUCAAAUUACUAUAAUGUAUUUGCUAUGUAUUUAAAAACAAUAAUAAUUUUUUUUUCUUACAUUAAUAAUCAAAAAGAAUUAACAAGUGGUUAUACAUAGUAGCUUAAUCUCAAUUUUUUUCAUUUAUUAGAAAAAAAGUCAUUGAUAGUUGUCUGUUUACCACCGGUAUGAGUUAUGACAUCCAAAGCGCAAUCUAAUUUCGUGAUGGAUUUCACUACAUCGUCACUCAAACCUCCCUUUUUGAGAAAUACAGAUUUUAUUGUAUUCAAAGCAUUAUAAGCAUCUUUUAUUGUGAAGUUAUGCUCAUCAAUUUCACCCUCUUCUUCCUCGUCUUCAUCCGCUUCUGCAUCAGUAACUGGCAACACAGAUGUGACGAUGUCAGCAUCAGUUAGUUCUCCACAGAUUGCUAAAUCAUUAUCAAAGGUAACGAAGUCUUCGAAGUCACUCUCUUGAAGGUGUAAUUCUUCUUGAACUCUUUGCCAGGUCCUAGCAAGUUCUGCGACUGGUAAAUCGUCCUCCUCAUCUUCGCAUGUUACUUUAAACCCACUUUUCUUGAAGCAGUUUGCAAUGGUCUUUUCAGUGACUAAAUUCCAAGCUUUGGCGAUCAUCCACAUGGCUUGUAAAACGUCAAUUGUAGUUGGUGUUUGACGUUCAACAUCAGCAAGAAAUCGUCUGACAACUUCCUUCCUAUAAUGCAUUUUGAAGCUUUGGAUGAUGCCCUGAUCCAGUGGUUGUAGUUUUGAAGUAGUAUUUGGAGGUAAGUACUUUAUUUUUAUAUUUUUCAGGUUAGGAAUUUCUCCGUGUGCAGUACAAUUAUCGAUGAACAUUAGAAUUUUCUUGUUUUUUUUCUUCAUCUCUUUAUCCAGACUUUUAAGCCAAUUGCAAAAAGCAUCACUGGUCAUCCAAGCCUUAUGGUUGGACGUGUAAUCUGUUGGCAGAUUAUUGACAUUCUUAAAACAUCGCGGUUUUUGAUAUUUUCCGAUGAUGAGUGGCUUUAGUUUGUAAGUCCCAGUACAAUUUGUUCCCAGCAGUACUGUUAAGCGAAGUUUACUGUUUUUCCCACCAUUACAUUUAUCGCUUUUGAAUGAUAAGGUUUUGUCAGGUAAACAUUUAUAGAAUAGUCCAGUUUCAUCGGCGUUAAAGAUGUCUUCGGGAUCGUAUCCGGUGGUCAGCUCUGCCAGUUUGUCUUUCCAAUCAUCACAUACUUGUUCAUUAACACUACCACUUUCACCGCAUAUUUUUCGAAAAACAACCUCGUUUCGUUUUUUGAAAUUUUGUAGCCACCCGUUGCUAGCACGAAACCCUUCAUGUCCCAAUUCUACUGCAAACCGCUGAGCCGUUUCCUGAAGAAUAGGGCCUCCGAUUGGGAUUUUUUUGUCUCGGCACUGUUUUAACCACUUUAACACACAUUCCUCUACGUCUUUGUACUCACAUGAUUUUAAUCUUUUACUGUUUACAUUGAAACCACUUUCUUCAGAAAACUUAUCUUUAAAUUUUAAAACUGUAGCCAAUGUACUUGCAGGAAUCCCGAACUUAUUAGCUAUGUCUAAUUUUUUCGUCAUGGGAUUUUGGUCAACAUAAUUAAUGAUGUUUCGCUUUUCUGCGACCGAUAAGGAACGCCUUUUACGUUUCUGAGCCAUUUUAACUUAAAUCUUCAACAAUAGUGACGAGCAGAGGUGUUUACAUUACUUUCCAUCAAAACAACACUGAUUACUUUACAAACAAAAGCGUUUCGAAACAUGUCGAGACAUGAAUCACAUUAUAAGAUUAAGAGUUAUAUUAUUGGUAGAAACUUUUUUAUAAAGGUUUUGGGUUGGCAAAAUUCGUUAAUUAGAGGUAUGAAUACUUUUUCUUGAUAGUUGAAAAUUCGUUAUAAAGAGGUUGUACGCAAAGAAUGUUCGCAAUGUAAAGGUAUAUUUUAUAUUGACUCUUAUGGACAAUUCAAGGGGAUUACGAAAAAUUUGUUAAAUCGAGGAAGUCGUUAUAUUGAGGUACGUUAUAUUAAGGUUGCACUGUAUAACAAUGGAUAUAAUUAUUUUUGUUUUUCCUGUUUACAACUACACCUACUAUAAGUAUGUAUGUAUAUAUAUAUAUAUAUAUAUACACUUAAUAUAUAAUAUAUGUGUACUUUGUAGUAAAUUUUUAAUUAUAACGUCAAUAUAUGUAACUUAGUCAGGCUGAUGUUGCUACAUUUGUUUAUAAAAUAUGAAAAACUUUUAUUUAUAAAAUAACUAGCGGACGCCCGCGACUUCGUCCGCGUAAAACUCGAUGUAAACUUUCAACUACCUCUAUCCUACGUUGAAAUUUUUCCUGAAUUUUCUUUGCUAUAAACCUCACGGAGCCCGAGACCUUUCCAGCAAAUGCAAAACCGUGGAAAUCAGUUCGUGAGUUCUGGAGUUAUAGCGUCAGGAAGGAAAACCCGACUUAUUUUUAUAUAGUAGAAGACAUUUGCCAUGUUAUUUGAACAUAACUAAUACAUUUAUAUUUAUUCAACCAAUUGAAAAGCCUGAGAAUCAAGCAACAGGCAGUCACGUUUUUUAUGUCAGAGAUUUAAAUCUACUCCCAUAUCUUUGAGAUUUAAAAAUUAAAUAUUUUAGUAUUCACUAGACCUCACCUACUUUUCAAUAAUAAUUUUUUAAUGGUAUGAAACUUGAAUUUAAAUUGUCUGUUGCAAAAUCCAUGAAUACAGUCUAAAACUUAUAAAUCUAGAUAUUUUUUAGUAAAUAUAUUUAGCUACAGGAUAAACAAAAAUGUUCUCAAUACGGUUUGAUAAGUAAUCGUUAACCACCGUGAAAUACCGUGACCAAACGUAUUUGCUACGAGUAUGUACAUAUAUCAGAAGUAGGCCACGCGGUUUAAAUUUUGACGACUAUAUUAUACUUUAUGUUUUGUAAUAAACAUUCACUACUAUACUUCAAAAGAGAUUUGUUGCACCAAAAUUGACAAAUUCUGCUACAACAUUUGACGUCAAAACUACAUAUAAUCUUCGAAUGACUGUAAUCAAGCCUAUAAAAGAAAAUAACAUGAAAAAAAGAAAAAGAAUGAAAUAAAUAAGUUGGUUGUAAUAAAAAGCCCUCUUCUAGGCUGAUAUUUGAAAAGUUAAUAAUAGUUUUGCACCAUAAAAUAUUAUUGUCGACCAUAUUCCUUCGAUAAGGCUUUAUUAAUUUCCAAUAUUUGAACUGAAGGAGGCUAAAAUAGUCUUGGCAAUCUUCUAAUAUAAGAAUUUUCAUUUUGAUAUGUAUUUGAAGUCGUACUGAGAGUUGUAUUCAAAAUCAUUUCUAAUAUUAAAGUUUAAUUUAGAUUGAAAUAAUUAAAACGUCAAUUUCAAUUGUGUAAGAAAUUGAAUUAUUUUAGAAUUAAGACAUGUAGUUUGUAAAUGUAUAGACUGUUGUAUGAUAAAUUAUUUUAGUAUAUUUUUAAAUGUGAUGUGUGUUUGUAUAUGUAUAUUUAAUUGAACUGCCUCAUUGGUCCCGUGGUUAGCUAGUUCAGCUACGGACAAUGAGGUCCAGGGUUCGAAUCCCGGGUCAGGCCAACAAAAACAUCCGGAAAAUCUUAAUAGCAGCCUGGAGUUGGGAAGUUGGCGGUGUUAGUACACCCCCGUGCCUCGGAGAGCACGUAAAGCCGUCGGUCCUGCGCCUGAUCUCUCACCGGUCGUGUCGGUCUGCCGUCCCAUCGGAUUUCGAGAGUGAGGGAAGAGAGAGUGCACCUGUGCUUGCGCAUACACUUGUGCACUAUAAUAUCUCCUGCGUACAUGGCUAAUCUCACCAUGAGAUUAGCCGCCGUGACCGAAAAAAAAAAAGUCGGUCGGGAGCAUAUUAUUAUUAUUAUUUAUUUAAUUGAAAUUUGGGAAUAUUUUUGUUGUUUCUAGUAAUGUAUGGAGAAUAUUUUUGUUGUGAAAGAUGUUGCGACUAAGUUUAGUCAAGUUAUAAGACAAUGAAGCUAUAUUUUUCUUUCUAGCAAUAAUAUUUGUAGUCUUUAUAUUACUUGCAAUACGUGCCACACGAUGAAAACGUGUUGGAAAUUCCUUUUUUGUUUCAAAUUGCAUUUUACUUCAGUAAAUUAUUCUUGAUGUUCGUUUCAUAGUUUAAAUGAAAAUUUGCAGCACAUUCUUUAUUUGUUAUAUUAUGAUAUAUUUAUAUUAUUUUAAUGUCUGUACCGAUGCAAAAUAAUAAUGAUUUUGGGAAAGGUAACAAAGCUUUAAAUUAAAUGUUCGUUUUAUUUAAAUUUUUUACUUUAUUCAAUUAAAUUUAGAUAAAAAUAAAAAAUUGAAGAUUGUUAUAUUUGUUUUUUUUAUCUGUUUAUUUAGUUCCGAUUUGACUUGAAAACAUAAUACUUAUAGUUAAAAAUACACAAUUGUGGAAAUUUGAACAAUCUUUAAUUUCAAAUUUGAUCUAGUAUCAGUCAUUAUCAUUAUCAUAACGUAUGUAAUUGGGUUAUAAUUACACCUUUAAUUAGUUAGCCAUUAUCAACCUGUGUUAAUAUUUGUGGGCUUCUUCUAUCUGUUGUGAUUUGAUUCACCAAUUCUGAAGUGUUGAGGUAAUUAAGGUUAGGUAUAAAUAGAUUUUGAUUUACAUUCGAGAUCACCUAUACAAUUUUUUCAAAAUUUUUAUAUAUUUGCUUAUUAUAUGUCUCAAAUUUUAAUACAGGUAUUUUUGCAUUGUUAUUAUAAAUAUAUCUUCAAUGAGUGUAGGUAGAUAAUAAAGAUGGAAUGUGGUUAAUAUGAUUUAAAACUUGGAGUCCGCUACUAUAAGGCACGUUAUAAGCAAACGCAAAACCUGUCUUGACCUACUAACGAUUUAAGCUCGUAGUAAAACUACGCAUUUUGAUUAUAUCUAUAAGCCAUCGAGGAAAGUGAUCGGUCUCCAAGGUCGCAAAAAGCAAAAGUGGAUAGGUGCCCAAGAAUGCAUGUUCGGUGUUUUUUACGUAAUAUCACCUUCGAGGCGAUGGCAUCAGCAUAGACGAAGUAUGUCAAACAACUGGCUUGGUUGUAUGUUAGUUAAAUCACGUAGGCGAAGUUUUGCGCUUGUGUGACAGGUACGACACGACUGAGUUGAUUGUUGACGUGACGGUGACGACACGAUACAAAUACUAUUUGUAGGUAACAUUUUUUCUGUGGAUUUCGUGAAUGAUUGUCUUAUUUAUAGAAAUACUGACUGAAUUUAUGUAUAUCCAAACAUAGCGUUCUCGUGUUUAUCUUUAUUUUGAAUAUUUAUCUAUAUUAAAUGUAUAUUUUAGUAAAUUGAG